GUGAACAUUUGCGUAUAAAAAAUUUGAUUAUUAUUAUAUUUAGACAGAGAUAUCAAAAUAGAAAAUGAUGAAAUUAAAAAAUCAAAAUCCCUAGAUUAACGGGUUACGCGCGCGGGAAUUUUUUUGGUGUGUUGUUUUUGACGCGCGCGUUUUUGCAUGUGUUGUAUAUGUGUGUGGGAAAAAUGUGUUAAAAAAAAAUAUAAAUUAUAAGGCAUUUUAAUCAUUCAUGUUAAUGUUGGUGGCUUGAUUGUUUAUUUACAAGAUAAAAAUCAUAAUAAAUUGCGACUCAACAGGCUGGAGUUAAAUUACAGUGAAUAUUUAAUAAACAAUUACGACAAUGCCACGGGAUAUUAGGUCAUUUUUUCAAGUUAAAAAUACUCCAAGUACAAGUAAACCACCAGAAAAAAAAGUAAACAACAGAUGUAUAUCGUCGUCAUCAGAUGAUGACAUUGUCAUUGCAACACCUCAACUAUCAAAAGCUAAAAAAAAUGUUAAAAAACCAACUUCAAAACUUGUGUUGCUUUCAGAUGAUGAUGAUGAUGAAGAUGAUUUUGAAAAAAAGCCAACAAAACCUACUAAAAAAUUAGAAAAAACUAAAAAUACACAUUUUUUGUCGGAUUCUGAUAGUGAUACACCUCCAAAAAAAAAAUCUGCUAAAGAAAAAAUUAUUAACAAGAAAAAAUCCAGUGAUAAACAUCCUUUGUCGGAUUCUGAUGGUGAUAAUUCACAUAAAAAGAAACAUUCAAAUGAUAAAAUUAAAAAUAAAUCAGCUAAAAAAUCAACAGAUGAUCAUAAAACACCUAAAAAACAAAAUGAUAAAGAUAAAUUAAAUGAAAAAAAUAAAAAACUUGGUUCAUCUGAUGAUGAAAAAACACCAAAAAAUAAAAAAAAACCAAAUACAAAAACUAAAAGUCAUGAAAAAGAUAAAAAAGUACCAAGUAUUGCAGAAAUGUUUUCUCGUGUUCCAAUAAAACGUGUUAAUCAACCAACAAUUCAAAAAAAAGUAGAAGAAGCUGAUUAUCAUAUGGAUGAUGAUGAUUUUAUAGCAGUACUUGAUCAAUUUGACAAUGAAAAUAUUAUUGAUAAAACACUUAAAAAUUCAUCAAAUGGUGAGACAACAUCUAAAAGAAAAAAUCGUGAUAGUGAUAUUGAAAAAGAAGCUAAAAAAAUUAAAAUUCAGGAUGAUGAAGUGAAACCUGAAUUAAAUAAUGUUAAAAAAGAAGAGAAAAAAUUAAGUGAUGAUGUUGAAAUGAAAAUUGAAUCAAAUGAUGAUAGAAAUAAAAAAAAUAAAGAUAAAAAAGAAGAAAAAAAAUUAAUUGAUGAAGAUGAAAUAAAAAUUAAAUCAAAUGAUGAAAAAAAUAAAAAAGAAGAGAAAAAAUUGGUUCGUGAUGAUGAAAUGAAAAUCAAAUCAAAUGAUGAUAAAAAGGUAAAAGAAAAAUCAAGUAAUCAUGUUGAAAAGAUAAAAGAAACAUUAGAUAUUUCUAAAAAUAAUGAAGAACCAAGUUCUUCAACAAAAAAAAAUACUAAUGAUGCUAAAAAAUCAUCAAAGAUUGAUAAAAAAAAAACAAAAAAGCAUGAAGUUGAAAUUGAAGAAAAUAAAAAACCAGACAAUAAAAAAAAUGCAACUGAAGAUGAUUUUGAUUUUCUUGAAGAUAGAAUUAUUAAAAAAAAACAACAUGCAGCAUCUUAUCAAAGUUACUUGUCUCGUGGUGGUGCAAGAAAUCCAGGCUCAAAAGAAAUUCCAGUUGGUGCUGUAAAUUGUCUUGCUGGUUUGACAUUUGUUGUAACUGGAGUUCUUGAUUCACUUGAAAGAUUUGAAGCUGAUGAACUGAUACAAAAAUACGGUGGUAGAACAGUUGCAGCAUUAUCAAAAAAAACAAAUUAUCUUGUUGUUGGUGAUCAAGCUGGUGAAUCAAAAUUAAACAAAGCUGAUGUAUUAAAAAUUAAAAAAAUUAGUGAAGAUGAAUUAUUGGAUUUAAUAAGAACAAGAAAAGCUGGUAAAGCUACAGAUAUUAUUUUAACUAAAUCUAAAAAAGAUAAUCAUAAUAAAUCAUUCAAAGAAGAUACUAAACCUCUUGAUACUAGUUUAUAUGUACCAAAAACAUUAUCAAAUGAAGAUAAAACAAGAACUGGAAGUAGUUCAUCAUCAGCAUCAUUAACAUCAUCAGUUGACACGCCAAAUAAUAAAAAUGAAACUAAAGAAAAAGAAAAAAUAAUAAACAAUGAAACACCAAUAAAACUGAUUGAAAAAAAAGAACCAGUAACAAAAACAAUCAAAGAUAAUAAAAUAGAUAAUAAUAUUAAAAUUAAUUUACCAUAUGUUGAACCAACAGCAGCUCUUGUUGAAAAAUAUCGUCCAAAAACAAUGAAACAAAUAAUUGGUCAACAAACAGAUAAAAGUUGUGCUAAAAAAUUUUAUUUAUGGUUAAAAAAUUGGCAUAAAAAUCAAAAUAAUAAAAGCACAAAAUUAACACGUCCAUCACCAUUUGCUAAAAGUGAUGAUGGUGCAUAUUUUAAAGCAUGUUUAUUAUCUGGACCACCUGGUAUUGGUAAAACAACAACAGUACAAGUUGCAUGUAAAGAACUUGGUUUUGAUUUACUUGAAUUUAAUGCAUCAGAUACAAGAAGUAAAAAAUUAUUACAAAAUCAAAUAUCAACAAUUCUUUCAAAUAAAACAGCCAAAGAUUAUUUUUCAAUAGAUAAUAAUUCAAAUAAUGAAAAUGAUGGUAAAAAUAUGUCAUUAAAACAUGUAUUAUUAAUGGAUGAAGUUGAUGGUAUGGCUGGUAAUGAAGAUCGUGGUGGUUUACAAGAAUUAAUUGCUUUAAUAAAAUCAACAGAUAUACCAAUUGUUUGUAUUUGUAAUGAUCGUAAUAAUCCAAAAAUGCGUACACUUGUUAAUUAUACAUUUGAUUUACGUUUUACAAAACCAAAACUUGAACAAAUACGUGGUGCUAUGAUGUCAUUAUGUUAUGCUGAAAAAAUAAAAAUAACAAAAGAUGAUAUUGAUAAAAUAAUUGAAAUGUCAGGAUAUGAUAUACGUCAAGUUAUAAAUUAUUUAUCAAUGAGAAGUGGUGAUGAAUUAUCAAAUAUAACAAAUGAAAAUUUAACAAAUAAAAUUAAUAAAGAUGAAAAAUUAACACCAUGGAGUGUUGUUGAAAAAGUAUUUAGUUGUGAAGCACAUAAAAAUAUGUCAAUACAUGAUAAAAGUAAUUUAUUUUUUCAUGAUUAUAAUAUUGGUAGUUUAUUUGUACAAGAAAAUUAUUUAACAAUAAUACCAAAAGCACCAAAAUGUGAAACAUUAGAAAGAAUUGCAUUGAGUGCUGAUAGUUUAUCAAUUGGUGAUGUUAUUGAAAAAGCAAUACGUUCACGUGAUGCAUGGUCAUUGUUACCAGUACAAGCAUGUUUUUCAUCUGUUAUACCUGGUACAUUAAUGUCUGGUAAUACUGUUGGUCGUACUAAUUUUCCAAGUUGGCUUGGUAAAAAUUCAACAGCACGUAAAUUUGAUAGAUUAUUACAAGAAAUAACAUCACAUACACGUCUUGUAACUGGUGCAAGUAAAGACGCUGUUAUAUUUGAUUAUUUAAAACCAUUACGUGAUGCUGUUGUUAGACCACUUGUUGUUGAUGGCUCUGAUGGAGUUGAAAGUGCUGUUGAAACAAUGAUACAUUAUCAUAUGUUAAAAGAUGAUUUAGAAGGUUUAAUUGAAUGUUCAUUAUGGCCAGGACAACGUGAUCCAAUGCAAGGAAUUGAAUCAAAAGUCAAAGCUGCAUUUACAAGAAUGUAUAAUAAAAAAGCACCAAUAAUGCCAUAUAAAAUUGGUGAUGCACCGAAAAAAAAAUCUAUACAAGCAUCACAAGAAUCUGGUUUUGGUAGUGAUGGUGAUGAAAUUAUUGAUGAUGAUGAUGAUGAAGAUGAAGAUAAAGAUAAAGAUGAUAACUUGGAAAAAGAUAGAAUGAUUAAAGUUAAAAAACCAACAAAAACAACAAAUGCUGGAGCAUCAACUAGCAAAGGCCAGACUAAAACAACAACAAGAGGACGUGGACGAGGACGUGGUCGUGGCAAAUAAUAUUUUUUAAAUUUAUUAACUUCGAACAUUCAUAUCAUUUAUAUUUAAAAAUUCACAUGGUUUCCUUUUUU